AUGUCGAAAACAGCUGGACUUUUUGUAAGAAAUCCAAAUUUUGUUGCUAAACAAUCGGAAGAAAGAGAAAAUGAGGAUUUAGUUGCAUCAAAUAGAUUGUCGGACGAUUCUGGUGUGUCUGAGGACAUUACUGCAAGCAAAAACAAGUCAAAGAAACGAAAAACUAAAGCAAAAGAUGGAAACAAAUCGAAAAAGCAUAAAACUUCAGAUGAGAAAUUGACUGCUGAGCAAAUUAAUGAAAUGAAGGAAUCAGAGGAACUGUAUCAUUCAAAUAUGUUUAGAAUGCAAAUAGAUGAAACAUUAAAAGAGAUCAAACUAAAGUGUUCUCAAGAAGAAUUCAUUAAUAAGUGGUUGACAACAUUCAAAAAGUUCCUUAACAAGCUUCCAAAUGAAAAUAUAUCUGGACUUUUAAAGCAUGAUGACUAUCCAAUGAGAACUAAACUAAUAGAAGAGGACAAGAAAUUCCAAAUGACUUAUCAAUCUCCAAAGGAUGCUUUUUUGUAUGGAUCGUAUGCUUUGAGCACAAAUAUUGGUAAUGAUUCUGCUGUAGACAUUCAUUUGAUCGUACCCGAUGAAUCUUUUAAGAAAAGUGAUUAUUUGAAUCACAUUUUUAUACACAAGAAAACACUGUACUUAUGGUUCAUAGCAAAAAAAUUGAAGGAAAAGGGUACACUUGGUGGUAAUAUCAAAGUGAUUUAUUUGAAGAAUGAUCCUUUAAAGCCAGUCUUAAUGAUCGAUGCUGAAGAGUUUCAUAUAUCGAUAACUGCUUCUAUUUCUCAAGAGUUUUUCAAAUUGAAUCGUUUUGUGCCUAAAACAAAUAACAUUAAGUUAAAGGAUGUCGAAGAAUCAACCACACCUACUCCACAUUACAAUUUUAAUAUUCUUUAUGAUUGCACAAUCGAGAGAAACCAAAGGUUUAUAUUCAACGAAAUCAGCAAGUUUGAUAAUGUUAAAAAUGCAAUUAAGCUUCUUAAAAUUUGGAUACAUCAAAGAGAAUUUGAUACUGGAUUCUACCCAUUCAAUGGAUUUAUCGUCACCAAUUAUUUGAUCCAUUUAAUUAAAGUCAAAAAGAUUUAUCCUACAAUGAGUUGCUAUCAGAUAGUCAGACUUUUCUGGAACCUUUUCGGACACUCAAAAUUGGAUAUUAAUGGAAUUUCUCUGUGUACUGAAAAAGAUCUUUCAAAUCAGCCAUCGAUUCAAGAUUUUCACGAGUUUUAUGAUGUAGUAAUGGUUGACAAUUCAGGAUAUUGUAACAUUUUAUCAUUCCUUUCAGUAGAUUUAUAUCGAAAAGUUCGCAAUGAAUGUCUUAAUGCCAUCAAAGUUUUAGACAACAAAUUAAUCAACAGCUUUCAACAAUUAUUUUUAACUAAAAUCCCAUACUACCUUCAAUAUGAUCAUUUUAUAUCGAUAAAAUGGGAUUGCAAAACUUUUGAUAAAAUAAUCGAGAAGAAUGGAUCAGAUGAAGAUAAAAUUGAUUACAGAGAUUCGCUAUAUCCUCACGUUAGAAAGUUAAUAAUGAAUGUUUUAAGAAAAGGACUUGGUGAGCGGGUUACAUCGUUGAUUCCUGUAACUCACAAUCAGAGUUAUGACUUCAAUAUUGGAAUAAUUUUAAAUCCCGAACAUGCAUUUAAUAUUGUCGAAAAAGGUCCACAAUCAAAUCAACCAGAAUCUGAGGAAUUUAGAAAAUUUUGGGGAAAUAAGUCAGAAAUAAGACGAUUUAAGGAUGGCUCAAUUACAGAAUCAAUUCUUUGGUGUAACGCGGAUGCACCAAUAGCAGAAAAGCGCAUCAUUUGCCAGAAAAUUGUGACAUUCUUAUUAAAACAUCAUUUUAAUAUCAUCAACGAUAAAAUUGUCUACAAUGCAAAGCAAUUCGAUAUUGUUAUCCGAUCAGUUUUCAACGAACUUGAUGAGACAAACGAGGAACGAUCAUUAGCCGCUAUUCGAGCAUUCGAUGAAAUGAGUAAAGAAUUGAGAAAUUUAAAUGAUCUGCCACUAGAAAUUGUGAGUGUUUUAGGAACUGAUCCUGUUUUUAGAUAUACUGAUGUAACGCCUCCUAAUUCGCUUGCUAAAACUACUAAUAGUGGUUUUAUAAAUAAAUCAUUGAGAGGAAGAUUUCUGACUCAAAAGACACUCAAUGGAGUAAUUCAAUUAGCGCCUUCAGGAAAAUGGCCUGAUAACAUUGAUGCGAUGAAACGAAUUAAAGCAGCAUUUUACAUUGAAAUAUCUAAGAAAAUGUCUUCAAAAUAUCCAUCAACAAGUAUUCAAGUAAUGCCUGAUUGUGUUGAAAUUUUAAAGGACAAGUUUGUGUUCAACCUUAAAAUCGUUCAUCCAAAGGAGAUUGCAUUAGCUAAAGAAGAAAUAUCCACGAAGAACAAUUUGUCAACACUUUAUAAAGCGAAUGAAGAAAGCAACCGAUUAGAAUUUGAAAAUGUUCUAUUGCCAAAGUUGAAUAGUUUUCUUCAUGGAUUACAUUGCCGAUUUCCAAGUUAUGGACCAACAGUAGCAAUUGCGAAACGUUGGCUGUAUUCACAAAUGAUUGAUUCAUAUUUGUGGCCUGAUGAAUGCACAGAAUUAUUAGUUGCUGAAAUGUUUCUAAAAAAUCAUCCAGUAGAACCAAGCUGUCAGCCUCAAACUGGAUUUUUAAGAUUCCUUCAACAUUUAGCAACUUUUUCAUUUGAAAACGACAUGGUUGUUGUAAAUUUUAACGAUGAUAUGGAUGCAGAACAAAUUGAUGAGCUCGAAGUGAACUUUAGAAAAAAUCGAAAAAAUUUUCCACCAAUUUUCAUAGCAACAUCGUGCGAUUCAUCCCACCAGUAUGGAAUUUGGAGUACACGUGCACCAUCAAUCUACAUUUUAAAACGUGUUCAACUUCUUGCACAAUGUUCGGUACAAAUUGUUGCCGAGAAUUUUACAAAACUGAAUAUGAACGUUGUAAAAGAUUUAUUUACAACAUCACUUGAAGGAUAUAAUUUAUUUAUUCAUUUGAAUGAUAAAUAUAUAAAGAAAGUAGAUAUUGUGCGCUACAACUUUACAAAUUUUAAACCAGUUCAAUUAGAUCAGAAAAUGGCAUUUUCUGGAGGAAUUGAUUUCGUGGACACUUUCUUAAAAGAGCUUCGAUCAGCUUUCGAUGACAUCGCCAUUUUCUUCUAUAACCCAAUUGGCUCGAAUAAAAUCGCUGUCUUGUGGAAACAAUCAAUCAAAGAAAGAAAAAAAUUUGCAGCAUCGCAUUUGAACAUGUGUAAAGUUAUUAAUGAGCAAUUAGAAGUAAAUGUCGAUGCAAUCUUGAAUGACAUCCAGAUCAUUGGAAAAGGAUUAAUUGAGUCGAUUGAAAUUAUACAGGAUUAA